AUGUUGUUUUCGACCACUAACGCCACUGGUUCACGACGGGGUAGUAGUAGUAGUGAGUCGAAAGAUGUGGUCGACAAAGAUUGCAGUGUUAAGGAUGAUGUGUUACAGCCCCUGGUCGACAAGGGUUGUAGUGUUAAAGACCAACCACAGCCUCUGUUCGAGUACACUAACCGCCACAAAACUGUGCGCGUGUAUUCGUCAGAAGUUGUCAAGGAAUACACCGGGGACGAUACUGUAGCCCGGUGCGCGGAUCACGAGUAUCAAGUGACACACCUCUUUUCCAAUCACGCACAUGUCGUAAAACUCAAAGGUCCCUUGAUGUAUAAUGACGUCAUAGGUGUAUCCCAAAUCCAUUUUCAGAACCACGGACUGGAGUUGACCGAUGUCAUGAAUCUAGAGAUCCUCAACGUGGCGCACAAAGUGCACGUCGUAGCUGACGUGGUGGUCCGGUUCCGCAGCACAUGUAUUGCCAUAUCUAGCAUGCGCCUUGCUGUCACGUUGCUGUCGAGUUUCGUCUGA